AUCUUUUAAUGAGAUAGUUGCCCUUGUAUCGCUGCUUUGUAUAUAUACUUCCGCCAGCUUAGAGAGAAGACUCAUCCUUAAAGCAAAAGGGAGAUCGUUGGUGUAUUAUUGUGUAUAUUUGGCCAAAGGGAAAAAUAAUAACUCAUGGUAGCUUCUUUCUGUUCUUUUUGUGUGGAUAUUCUUGAUUUUUUUUGGAUAUGCACAAAAAUGCACAACAUUUAAUGUUGUAGGAAAUAACUAUUGCUUCCACCUUUGCUACUAUCUUGAUAAAUCCAAAAUUCUUUGUGACGUCAGGCCAUGCAAUAAUAUGCAUAAUUAAACCGACCAGAGGUCAUCUAUCUAACUAUCAAUCUAUCAUCUACUAUACAUAUAUACAUAUAUACAUACCGAUCAUGCCGCCGGCCGUCAAUAUCGUCGCCGCCGAGAAGGGGGCCGCCGUCGACAUUCCCGCCAGGCUCACAUGUCAAGUAUUCAUAUGCUGCAUCAUUGCCGCCUUUGGCGGUUUCAUGUUUGGCUACGACAUUGGUAUCUCAGGAGGGGUAACGUCGAUGGACGAUUUUCUGAAGAAGUUUUUCCCGGGGGUGUACGUGAAGAAGCACGAGGCGAAGGAGGACAACUACUGCAAGUUCAACGACCAGUACUUGCAGCUCUUCACGUCCUCCCUCUACCUCGCCGCCAUGGUCGCCAGCUGGGUCGCCUCCAAGCUCUGCACCGCCUUCGGCCGCAAGCCCGUCAUGCAGUUCGCCUCCUUCUUCUUCCUCGUCGGCGCUGUCCUCAACGCCGCCGCCUCCAACCUCGGCAUGCUCAUCGCCGGACGCCUCUGCCUCGGCGUCGGUGUCGGUUUCGGCAACCAGGCGGUGCCGUUGUUCAUAUCGGAGAUGGCCCCACCGAAGAUUAGAGGGGCCCUCAACAGCUGCUUUCAACUCCUGAUCACAAUCGGCAUUCUGUUUGCCAAUUUCAUCAACUACUUCACUUCCAAGAUGACCGGAGGAUACGGGUGGAGGAUUUCCCUCGGCGGGGCCGCCAUCCCCGCGCUCAUCCUCGGCCUCGGCUCCCUCGCCAUCCUCGAGACACCCACCAGCCUGGUCGAGCGCGGGAGGACGGAGGAAGGCCGGAAUGCGCUCCGGCGGAUCCGCGGCACGGACAACGUCGAGAUGGAGCUGGGUGAGAUCGUGCGGGCCACGGAGGUGGCGCGCGGGAUCCGGCACCCGUUUGUCAACCUCAUGACGAAGCGGUCCAACCGGCCGCAGUUCUUCUGCGGCACGAUCAUCGCGGUGUUCCAGCAGUUCACCGGGAUGAACGUGAUCAUGUUCUACGCGCCCGUCCUGUACCAGACCAUCGGGCUCGGGGCGGACGCGUCCCUCAUAUCCUCCGUGAUCACCGGGGGCGUCAACGCCGCCGCCACCUUCAUCACCAUCGGCUUCGUGGACCGCCUCGGGAGGAAGUUCCUCCUCGUGGAGGGCGCCCUCCAGAUGCUCGUCUGCCAGUGCCUCGCCGGGGCGAUCCUAAUGAAGCACCUCCACUCCACCGACGCCAUCCCGAGCCACUACGCGGUCAUGCUGCUGAUCGUGAUCUGCGUCUUCGUGGCGGGCUUCGCGUGGUCGUGGGGCCCGCUCGGGUGGCUGAUCCCGAGCGAGAUCUUCUUGCUCGAGACCAGAACCGCGGGGUUCUUCUUCGCGGUGAGCGCGAACAUGAUCUGCACCUUCGCCAUCGCGCAGGCGUUCCUCACGAUGAUGUGCCACUUGAAGGCGUUCACGUUCUUCUUCUUCGCGGCGUGGAUCGUCGUCAUGGGGAUCUUUUCGUGCUUUUUCUUGCCUGAAACAAAGGGAAUCCCCAUUGAUGAGAUGAAUGAGAGAGCUUGGAAGAAGCACUGGUACUGGAAGAAGUAUAUUAGUGAUGAUGAGAGAGUUUCUACUCUUGCUGAUGAAUCGUGAUGAGGUCCAAUUUAGUUAGCACAUACAGUGGUUUUUGCCUGUUCUCCAAUUAAUCAUUUUUAUUAUUCGAGGGGACCGACCCAUUCCUUCUUCCCUUUCUGAAUUCUGAUUCGCACAAACAGAGACCAUCAUUUUCUUGCAUCGCUGCUGACCGCCUUCAAUCUCCUCGCGACUCGACCCCUAUCAUCAUUCAUCAGGGAGUUCUUCUUCAUCCACCAUCUAUUUUAGAAUUUCUGGAUGUAGUGAUUUCUUGAGCAGAGCUUUUGAGUUUUGUCCUAGAGAGGCCUGGACGCACGGCUCUUCAUAGUAGUACUUUUUUAUAGCAAAUUACAAAAAAGAGUAGACCUCGUUUAGGGGUUUAAGGACUAAGCAGUGUGUUCUUGGAGGGAAGAUUUUUCCUGGAGGCUGACAUUUAGAUGGGUAGUUCAAAAAUGGAGGGGUCAUCCAUACCUGCUUUGAGGAGAGACCCAUACGAGGUAUUGUGUGUUUCAAAGGAUUCCUCUGAUCAGGAAAUAAAGACUGCUUAUAGGAAACUUGCCCUCAAGUGAGUACCUCCUUUUUUCUUUAGCAUAUUUUUUUUGUUUGG